UUCAAACAAGCAGGGGAAACAGGCUGCUCUUCUCAUUGUGCCAUCGCCACCCACAGCAGCAGCAGCAGCAGCAAGCAACCAAAGAGUUUCCGUUCCUUCCAGGCACGCGUUGUACCCGCUACUGCUUAGCGGCUUGGUUCCGUAAGCAGAUUUUCGUUGCUUAGCUGCAACUCUAAUGGCACACUCUGCGUCCUACUUGCGCAUCCCCGCGCCGCGAGCUUGCAUCCAAGCCGCAGCGAGGCCGAGCGAUUGCGUCUCCUGCGAUGGCUGCAUCCGGCCUCCUAGCUUCUGCGCAUCUUCGGCUUCUGUUGCAUUCGGUGCAUCUGGUCAAUCCAGCGCGGCGUUGUUGUUUUCACCUGCGCUUCGACCGACGCGCGACGGACAGCGCCGUCACGCGAGGUUGAGCCUGGAUUCGUCGCGAGGCUCGCGUCACCUGGUUUGUCGAAACGCGCUGCUAGAAGACGAAUCGGACGGGGAAAGCGCCAAGGAUUCGCCAGCGCUCAAGAAGGCAGUGCCAGGCCCCAAGCCGGGUAGCAGCAGGAGCUGGCAGGAAACCACCGCUUCAGCCGCUGCUGUCGCUGCCCUUCUGGACAGCGCUACAGGCGGCAGCGUGGCAGAAAGUGGGGCGGAAACAGCUACAGCUGGUGCUAUAGCCAGCGCGCCUGGUGCUGCGUCUGCAGGUGCUGCUGCUACAGCCGGUGCUGCUGGGGGCUCUGCUACAGCCGGGGCCUCAGCAGCGGCGGUUCUGGGCGAGUUCUGCAUCAUAGAGGGCCCGGACGCCCUGCAGGACUUUGCUCGCAUGCAGCUGACGGAAAUUAGGGAUAAUAUCACAUCUCGGAGGAACAGGAUCUUCCUGCUGCUGGAAGAGAUUCGCCGGCUGCGCAUUCAGCAGGAGAUCAAGAACGCGGAGGAGAGCCGCAACAGGGCAGCAGCAGCCGCCGCCCGGGCGAGACUGGGGGGGCUCGGGGAGGAGGAGGAAGAGGAGAUGCCCGAGUACCCCUCCUCCAUCCCCUUCCUCCCUCCGCUUAAAACGAACACCCUCAAGGACUACUACGUCACGUUCGCCGUCCUCGUGGGCAGCCUCAUCAUCUUUGGCGGGCUCAUCGCGCCCACUCUCGAGCUGCAUCUGGGCAUUGGAGGCACCUCGUAUGCUGACUUCAUCCGCAGUAUCCACCUGCCGGCCCAGCUCAGUCAAGUCGACCCUAUUGUGGCGUCCUUCACAGGGGGCGGAGUGGGCGUGCUGUCAGCGCUGCUGGUGGUGGAAGUGAAUAACGUGAAGCAGCAGGAGCACAAGCGAUGCAUGUACUGCCACGGGUCGGGCUACCUGGCGUGUGCGCGCUGCUCUGCCACGGGCUCUCUCAUUGACGUGCAGCUGGAGGGGGAAGAGGGCCCGGUGCAAGGCGGGGCAACAGCAGCAGGAGAGGGUGCCGCUGCUAACGGUGCGGUGGCAGCAGGAGCAGCAGCGGAGAGGGCAGUUGGUGGAAGACGAGGCAUGGCGGUGGCCAAGAGGUGUCCCAACUGCGCUGGCCUGCGCAAGGUCAUGUGCCCUACUUGCUUGUGCACGGGUAUGGCACUUGCCACAGAGCAUGACCCGCGUAUCAACCCAUUCGAAUGAUUGAAGUUCAUUCGUGCUUCUUUGCAUGCACAACACGGUUUAUCAAUUGUAGGAAUAACUGAAAUCCAUAAGAUGAAAAAUUGAAGUGUCUAUGUAUGGCUACUAAUAAAUCUGCGUGUGUUCGUAAAUGAAAUUUCCUUCUGGCU